CUUGACAGUUCCAUGCGUCGUCGACGAUUGUAUCUCCAUCCUCUACACUAACUACUACACUCGGCACUCGCACAGUCUACCCCCGCCAGCAUGUCGCUGCGCAACCCGGACAAUGCGCCGCCGUCAACAAGAGGAGAGGAAUCCGCCGGUGGCUUUCCUCAAGACCCCUCAGAGUUCGACAACGACCCGCGAAUAUCAUUCUCGAGGCUUGACAACAAAUUCAUCCUAGAAACUGAAGAUGGACAGGAGUUUGAGUAUGACACUGCGCUGAAACGAUGGGUGCAAGCCGUCGAUGAUGCGCUCCUUGAACAACAGCGAGAAGCCUACAGAGUCGAAGGGGUUGAUGAUGAUGAGACAGUUACGGGUUCACAGCUGAAAAAGAAACGUAAAACGCUGGGAGAUGAUAACGGACAGAAACAGAAGAAAGCUCGAGUAAACACAGCGGUAUAUGUUACGUCCAUACCUCUCAAUGCGACGUUAGAGGAGAUCAACGAUGUCUUCUGCAAAUGCGGCGUCAUCGCCGAGGAAAUCGAUAGUGGCCGACCGCGAAUCAAAAUGUAUCUGGAUGAUGGUGGAAAAUUCAAGGGCGAGGCCCUAGUUGUCUACUUCCGGCCAGAAUCAGUAAAUCUGGCAAUUCAGAUGCUUGACGACACCAACUUUAGAUUGGGAGAGGCCGGACCCCAAGGCACGAUGAAGGUGCAAGUCGCAGACUUUUCGUUUAAGAGCCAGCAAGACGUGCCAACUAGCAUCAGCAACCGGGACAAAAAAAAGAUCAUAAAGAGAACACAAAAACUCAACAACAAACUUGCGGAUUGGGACGAUGACGACCCAUCUACGCUGCCAGAUACCAGCUCUCGAUGGAGCAAGGUGGUGGUUUUAAAGCAUAUGUUUACACUGGCAGAAAUUGAGAAGGAUCCUGCUGCAAUUCUCGAUAUCAAGGAAGAUAUCCGUGACGAGUGUUCGAAACUGGGCGAGAUUACGAAUGUUGUUCUUUAUGAUCAAGAGCCCAAUGGAGUAGUCACCGUGCGCUUCAGUGAUCCUGACGCAGCCAGACAAUGCGUCAAAGUCAUGGGAGGGAGGUAUUUUGGAGGAACACAAGUCGAGGCGUAUAUUGCCGACGGAUCCGAGAAGUUUAAGAAAACCAACGAAAGGCGGGCUGCUCUUGAAGACAUGGCCGAAGGACGCGAUGAAGAAGACGAUCGGCUCGAAGGGUUUGGCUCUUGGCUCGAGAACCAACAGGAAAGCGAGCGCGUUGUGGAAAAUACUGCUAGGUAGAGAACACGAUGGUGUUGACUUAAUGAAUCACGACUUGGGCCAGUUGAUAGUUGGUAUUUUGAUAUGGGUUAAGACGACCUCAUACGUAUUAAUAUAUGUAUAGAGAGUUACC